CAGAACGCCCCGCCCACCAGCCCGAGAACGCCCACUUGCCUCACGCCCUCCCAGUAACGGCGCUCACCAUUCGUCAGAUGGCUUCUUGGUUCUACCAAUGGGAGGCCCCGUUGUUAGAGCCCCGCCCCCGAGCCCUGUCAUGGCCGCGUCCAGGGUACCUACUUGCGCAGGAGACCGGGAUGCUAGGGUUUUUGUCGGCGCGACAAGCCGGAUUGGACGACCCUCUUCACCUACGAAGAGCGGAGUCCACGCGAAGGGUUUUGGGACUGGAGUUAAACAAAGACAGAGAUGUUGAAAGGAUCCACAGCAAUGGAGUUAACAGCCUGGACAUUGAACCUGUUGAAGGGAGAUACAUGUUAUCAGGUGGUUCAGAUGGUGUGAUUGUACUUUAUGAUCUUGAGAACUCCAGCAGACAACCUUGUUACACAUGUAAAGCAGUGUGUUCUGUUGACAGAUAUCAUCCUGAUGUUCACAAAUAUAGUGUGGAGACUGUACAGUGGUAUCCUCAUGACACUGGCAUGUUCACCUCAAGCUCAUUUGAUAAAACUCUGAAAGUAUGGGAUACAAACACAUUACAAACUGCAGAUAUAUUUAAUUUUGAAGAAACAGUUUAUAGUCAUCAUAUGUCUCCAGUUGCCACGCAGCACUGCUUGGUAGCAGUUGGUACUAGAGCGCCCAAAGUACAACUUUGUGACUUAAAGUCUGGAUCCUGUUGCCACAUUCUACAGGGUCACAGACAAGAAAUUUUGGCAGUUUCCUGGUCACCACGUUAUGAUUAUAUCUUGGCAACUGCAAGUGCUGACAGUAGAGUAAAAUUAUGGGAUGUUCGGAAAGCAUCAGGAUGUCUGAUUACUCUUGAUCAGCAUAAUGGGCAAAAGUCACAAGCGGUUGAAUCAGCAAACACUGCUCAUAAUGGGAAAGUUAAUGGCUUAUGUUUUACAAGUGAUGGGCUUCACCUGCUGACUAUUGGUACUGAUAAUCGAAUGAGGCUCUGGAAUAGUUCCAAUGGAGAAAACACACUAGUGAAUUACGGAAAAGUUUAUAAUGACAGUAGGAAAGGAUUGAAAUUCGCCGUCUCCUGUGGCUGUAGUUCAGAAUUUGUUUUUGUACCAUAUGGUAGCACCAUUGCUGUUUAUACAAUUUACUCAGGAGAACAGAUAACUAUGCUUAAGGGACAUUAUAAAAGUGUUGACUGCUGUGUAUUUCAGUCUAAUUUCCAGGAACUUUACAGUGGUAGCAGAGACUGCAAUAUCCUUGCUUGGGUACCAUCCUUAAAUGAACCAGUACCUGAUGAUGAGGAGACCUCAACCAGAUCACAUUUAAAUCCAGCAUUUGAAGAUGCCUGGAGCAGCAGUGAUGAGGAAGGAUGAAUGUCAAUCCUACGUACCUUUGUGUCUCUAUUAAUGAAAAUUUUAAAAUGGACUGUUACAGUUUUGUUUUUUUUAACUGUUCAGUGAUAGCUAAAUUAGCUCUGAAUUUGGAUGAGUUUUCUCCUCAUAUUUUAAAAUGUGAUUAGUAUUGCCCUAGCUGGUGUGGCUCAGUGGAUAGAGCGUCAGCCCUUGGACUGAAGAAUCGUGAGUUUAAUUCCGGUCAAGUCCAUGUACCUCGGUUGCAGGCUAGAUCCCCAGCCCUGGUCCGGACGUGGGCAGGAGGCCACCAAUCGAUGUCUCUCUCUCACAUUGAUGUUUCUCUCUCUGUGUCUCUGCCCCUAUCUUCUACUCUCUCUAAAAUUAAAUGGAAAAAUAUCCUCAGGUGAGGAUUAACAACAACCAAAAAAUGUGGUAUUUUCAUGAAAUCCUAAAACAGAUUUCUAUAUAGUAUAUUUAAUCAAAACAUAUCUCUUGAUCCCAAUUGCUGUGACCUAGGGCAGCCCCUAUUGCUAUAGUACAAGGAGAUAAGUCACAGCACCCCAUGUGGGGUCUUGAGCAGACUGUGUGAUGCUCUCUCUGAGGAUGAGCAAGUGGUGGUUAACAGCACUGACUGUCUACUGGCUACACCAUCAGUCUGUUAAUUUUCACUUUCAAGGACAAUUUUACUGAGGAUGACUAUAUAAAAAAUAAUAAUUGAAAAGUUAGCAUAAAAAUGUUUUAUUCUUUCUUACUCCUGUAUUUGGUUUUUGUAGUGAUUUCAUUUAGUUGACUGUUGUCUAGCUUUAUAUAGGAUGUUUUUGGAUUCACUUCUUCCCAUAAUCCAAAAAGUGCACCACAGGAAUUUUUUUAACUUGGGGAAAAUCCCAUGUUGCCUUUAUUUUAACACAGCAGAUGGCAGCUUGUACUCACACUUGAACUUCCUUUCUCUGAAUCUUGUUAAGAUGUGACCAAGUUCUACUUCAUUCAUCAAGACAGAAAAUUUCCUGACAGGGAACCAGGCUUAAACGUGAAAUGUCAUAAAAUUUCUAGUUUACUGUCUACUCUUUUUUGUGUCAACCCAUAAGUUAUUAUCAUAAAGCUAAUCUUGUAUUUCCUUUCUUCCUGGUUCUUAUCAGCAAGAAACGUGUAAAAGAAGUUUUUAUGAGCUUGAAUAUCAAGUAUGCAGUUGUCGAGUUUUUAAGUGUUUAAGUGCUAGACCUCAUAUUAAACCUUUCUGGACAGA